GGUAUUUAGGAGCCGAGUCCGCAGGGCCCGGGCGCGCAGCGAGCUGGGGAAGCCCGGAGCAGACGCCGCCGCCGGGCAGGGCGCACCGCCAGCAGCCUUGGCCACACACGCACAUCCCGGAGCAGAAGGGGGCGAAUCCCGAGCUGCCUCCGGUCCAGGCCAACCCUCUCUGCCAUGGCCUGGCUGGUGCUGGGCACGCUGCUGUGCGUGCUGCACCUGGGGCUAGGGACCGACGGCGCGGGGCACUUUGAGUCCCAGAACUGCCCCUCUGAAUGCAUCUUCUCGGCCGACCUGGUGAGCUGCGCGGGCCGUGGGCUGCCGGAGGUGCCGGCUGGGAUACCCGCCACCACCGCAGACCUUGACCUGAGCCACAACCUGAUCCGGCGCCUGCGCCCUGGCUGGCUGACGCCCCUCAGCCGCCUGCACACCCUGCGCCUCGGCCACAACCACCUAGCGGUGCUGGGCCAAGGAGUCUUUGCCAAUGCCAGCGGCCUGCGCCUGCUCGACCUCUCAUCUAACGCGCUGCGGAGACUCGGCCACCACGACCUGGACGGGCUGGGGGCGCUGGAGACGCUGUUUCUGUUCAACAACAGCUUGGCGCACCUGCACGAGCACGCCUUCCACGGCCUGGCCGCCCUCGGCCGCCUGUACCUGGGCUGCAACCAGCUCCGGGACUUCUCUUUCCACCACCUGCACGGCCUGGGCCUCACCCACCUCCGCCUUCUGGACCUCUCCUCCAACCUCCUGGAACGCCUGCCUGUCUCCGACCUGGCCGCGCUGCCAGCCUUUGUCAAGAACGGCCUUUACUUGCACAGCAACCCGCUGGCCUGCGACUGCCACCUGUACCACCUGCUGCAGCGCUGGCAGCACCGGGGACUAAGUGCCGUCAACAGCUUUGUCCGAGACUACACGUGCCGGGUCUUCAAGGUGCCCGCGUCUGGCGUGCGCUUCCUAGAGCAAGGCCGUGUCUUCGAGAACUGCUCGGCUGCCUCCUCCCGUGACCUCGAAGGGCCCGAGGAGCAGCUGCAGGUGCAGGUGGGCCAGUCUCUGCGGCUGCACUGCCACACCGGCACCCCCGCCCUGCACACUGCCUGGGUCUCCCCGCAGCAGGAGCUGCUCGUGGCACCGGGGUCCCUCGAUGGCAGCAUCGUGGUGCUGGCCAACGGCAGCCUGCUCAUCAGGAGUGUGCAGACCUGGCACGGGGGGGUCUUUGUGUGCAUGGCCACGGGCUCGCACCUCUACCGCAGCCAGAUACACGAGUACAACGUCAGCGUGUCCUACCCGCACCCCGAGCCCGAGGCCUUCAGCACGAGCUUCACCACGCUGCUGGGCUGUGCCGUGGGGCUGGUGCUGCUGCUGCUUUACCUGUUUGCACCACCCUGUCCGGGCUGCCGCCGCUGCUACCGCCGCACCGGCCGCUGCUGCUGCUACUGCUGCGGCCGCCGCCACCGGCCCCGGACACCCAGCCCACUGCAGGAGCUGAGCGCACAGUCCUCAGUGCUCAGUACCACUCCGCCGGACAUGCUCAGCCGCAAGGCCAGUGUCCACAAGCAUGUGGUCUUUCUGGAGCCGGGCAGGAGGGGCAUCAACGGGCGAGUGCAGCUGGCAGUGGCUGAGGACUUCGACUUGUACAACCCUGUGGGCCUACGCUUCACGGUCGGCUCUGAGUCUGCUAGCUCCACAGGCUCAGAGGCUCCGGUGGUGACCUAGGCUCCCAGGCCCACCUGCCUGCCUGCUGCUUGUGCUGCUCCCUGCCACCGCCCAGAGCAUAUCACCAGGUAUCUAUUGGUGGGAAGCACUGAGCUCGUCUUCCGCCUACCUGAGCCACAGCAUCCUCCUCACUGACGGGGGAGCCCCUCCGCUACCCCAGCACCGAGCCCAGACGCCAGGCCCUAACAGGGCCUGUCUGCACCUCUCUCCUUCACAAUUUCCUGGGACCAAAAUCUUCACAGCUUGUAUAUCCUCCAUCGGGUUGAGCCCUUGCAUCAGAGCCCAGCUGCACUCCCAGGAGCUCUGAAGCGGGGAAAACUGAAGUAGCACCACUUGCCACCUUACGCGGGAGUGGGAAAGGUGCGGGCCCUCAGGGUGAGUGGUGAGCCCAAGAGGGUGCCAGAGAAGCCCCACCCCGGAAGGUAAACAAGCCCUUUGGGGCCCCCCACCCAGCGGGACUCCGAAGCACCAAGGUUUUACAGCUGCUGCAAACUGAGGCAGCCAAGGUUCCCCACACCCUGGGAUCCAGCUCUCUGAUGUCAUCACGGGCAUCUACAUGCAACUCUGAGGGCACAGCCUCUCCUGUGGACUCACGGGACUGCAGUUAAGGGCCCCCGUGGCCUGUGUCUCCACGGUCACAGUCAGAAGCCUGGCAAACAUGGCCAAGAUGGGAGGGCCGAGCUGGAACUAACUCACUGUCUCUCAGGGACAGAAGCCUCUUAAGGGCUGGCACUGGUCUCGGUCUAAUAGCUGAGGCGCACUGGCCUGGCAUCAGAUAAAUCUUAGCACUCCCACUGCUAGGAGGCAGGAAGGGGGUCUGGGAGUCCCUUCUGUGUGGGGGCUGAUCUGGGACCCCUACCUGCAUCGAGCUGUCACGGCAUUCCUGAAUAAAGGUAAGGCAUGAAGCGC